AUGGGGGCGGGGCGCGCGCGGGCCCAGGGAGGGCGGGGCCGCAGCGCGGGGCGGGCGCUGGCGGCCCGAGUGUCACACACGCGGCGGUUCGGGAGGCGGCGACAGCGGCAGCAGCAGGCGCCGCCGGGACGGGCACGGGCGCGCGGGCUCGGGCGGGCGCCGGCUGCCUCCUCCCUCCCUCGUCGCUUGCUCGCUCGCUCGCUCUCCGGCCCGCUUGCUAGCCGGCCGGGUCCGAGCUCGCUACAGCGUUCUCGGGAAGGAAGAAGUGGGGGGCCGAGGACGCCGACAAGUUCCAGCAGUACCGGGAAUCCGGGCCAAGGCGGUGGCUGCGGUUCCGACGGGGCAGGAGCGUGCUCCGUGGCGGAGCGCACGGCCAGAGCGUCCGAGGAGGGGGGCGCCCGGGCCUUUAGUUAUCUGUGGGGCCGCGGCCGGAUCCCAUGAGACGCGCCCGCGAAGGGCACGAGAUCCGAAGCCUGGGAGGCGCGCGGAGGAGGCGGAGGGCGGUGCUGCAGCGGCCGGAGCCCGGGAGCGGCCGGCAGGAGGCGGAGGAGAGAACUUGAACUUGGCGUCGGGAGCGGGCGCCCCGGACGCCCCUCGCCGGGGCGGGGGCGCCGAGGGACCUGGGCGGCAGCACUGCCCCCCGAAUGGCCGCGGCGGCGGACCCGGCUCCCGCGCCGCGGCCCUAGGCGGCCUCUCGCCAUGGCCAAGUGGCUGAACAAGUACUUCAGCUUGGGCAACAGCAAGACUAAGAGCCCCCCGCAGCCGCCGCGGCCCGACUACCGCGAGCAGCGGCGCCGGGGCGAGCGGCCCUCGCAGACCCCCCAGGCCGUGCCGCAGGCCCCCUCGGCCACCUCGGCGUCCUGCGGUACGGCCGCCGCCUCCUGCUUCUCGGCCUCGUCGGGAUCGCUGCCCGACGACAGCGGCAGCACUAGCGACCUUAUCCGCGCCUACCGCGCACAGAAGGAGCGCGACUUUGAGGACCCCUACAACGGGCCCGGCUCGUCUCUGCGCAAACUGCGCGCCAUGUGCCGCCUGGACUACUGCGGCGGCGGGGAGCCAGGCGGGGGGCAGCGGGCCUUCUCGGCCUCGUCCGCGACGGGCGCCGCGGGCUGCUGCUGUGCCGCCUCUGGCGCGGGCGCCGCCGCGUCCUCGUCCUCGUCCUCGGGCUCCCCUCACCUCUACCGCAGCAGCAGCGAGCGGCGGCCCGCCACGCCAGCCGAGGUGCGCUACAUCUCCCCCAAGCACCGCCUCAUUAAGGUGGAGAGCGCCGCGGGCGGUGCCCCAGAACCCUCGGGGGGCUCCUGCUCAGGCGGUCGCACCUGGAGCCCGACGGCCUGCGGAGGCAAGAAACUGCUCAACAGGUGUGGCGCCUCGGCCGCGGAAGAGAGCGGUGCCGGCAAGAAGGACAAGGUGACCAUCGCCGAUGACUACUCAGAUCCCUUUGAUGCCAAGAAUGAUCUGAAAAGCAAAGCGGGAAAGGGGGAGAGUGCUGGCUACAUGGAGCCCUAUGAGGCGCAGAGGAUCAUGACAGAAUUUCAGAGGCAGGAAAGCGUCCGGUCCCAGCACAAAGGCAUCCAAUUAUACGAUACCCCUUACGAACCCGAGGGCCCAAGCAUGGACUCCGACUCAGAGAGCACGGUCAGCCCCCAAGUGCGGGAGAGCAAGCUGCCCCAGGAUGACGACAGGCCCGCUGAUGAAUACGACCAGCCAUGGGAAUGGAACCGGGUCACCAUCCCAGCUCUGGCAGCCCAGUUUAAUGGCAGUGAGAAACGGCAGUCAUCCCCCUCGCCUUCCCGGGACCGGCGGCGCCAGCUUCGAGCUCCCGGAGGGGGCUUCAAGCCCAUCAAACAUGGGAGCCCCGAGUUCUGUGGGAUCCUGGCAGAGAGAGUGGAUCCUGCUGUCCCACUGGAGAAGCAAAUAUGGUAUCACGGAGCCAUCAGCAGAGGAGAUGCGGAGAACCUGCUGCGACUCUGCAAGGAGUGUAGCUACCUUGUCCGGAACAGCCAGACCAGCAGGCACGACUACUCCCUCUCCCUGAAGAGCAACCAGGGCUUCAUGCACAUGAAACUGGCCAAAACCAAAGAGAAAUACGUCCUGGGUCAGAACAGCCCCCCGUUCGACAGUGUCCCAGAAGUCAUCCACUACUACACCACCAGAAAGCUGCCCAUCAAAGGGGCCGAGCACUUGUCCCUCCUCUACCCUGUGGCUGUGCGGACCCUGUGAGCCCCUCCCUGCCCUGCGACAGGGCCCAGACGUGGAGGAGCCGGUGGCCCCUGCCGACCCGCCCGGCCGCUGUUGCCAGCCGUGUCCAGUUUGUGUCGUGUGUAUGGUACUAGCACACCACUGCAUGUCUCUAGAAUGCUGUUGCCACUCAUGGGGGCUGGAGAAGGCCUGGAUAAAGACUGAGGGACGGCCAGCCCGCCACCGCAGCCCCCUCCCCCAACCCCUCUUCGAGUUUCUGUGAAUUAAAAUAUUUGCAAAUCCAAAGAGAUGCCUUCCAGGAUGAACAAAGGAGAGCAGCUCCGAGGGGCGGGGCGGGAGCUCCCGGGGUUGCGGCUCUUUGUUCUCCAGCCGUCAGGAAUUCACACCUGUGUAUGGGGUGCAGUUUUCCCACCGGGGCCCCGCUGGUGCUGGGAGCCAAAUGCUGGUGCUUUGAGAGCCCUGAAGGCCCUGGGAAUCCCGCCUCCCCUCUGGUGUGUGUGUGUCAGCGUGUGUGUGCGAGUGUGAGCACAUACGUGGGAGAACAUGGCCACACACAGAUAUAAGCCCACUAAUCCACUUUUAGUCAUUCAGUGUAAUCUUUAGGAGAUCUCCAAGGAAUCAUUGUGCGGUCAAAAAAAGGAUUCAAUUAUUUAUUGAAUUAUUUAGGCUGUGUAAAUAAAAUAGUCAUUUAAUAUA